GUUGGUGCCUCAGUUGACCAAAUGGACGGCAUUGUGACUGUUACCCAAGGAGGACACAUCUCAAUCCGCUGCCACUAUGAAAUGUCUUCUGAUUACCGAGCAAGUCCAUUCUGGUAUAUUCAGCCUCUUGGUGAAAGUCCCAGGCUCCUUCUGAGUGAUAUAGGAAAUGGGAAUUUCAGUGAACAGUCCCAUCAAGGUUUUGAAGCCAAGCAUGAUAGGAAAAAUAAGACUUACAACUUGGAGAAAAGAGCCAGCCAACUGAAUGAUUCAGCUGUCUAUUUUUGUGCUGUGAGUGACACAGUGGGAUGGACUGGAAGGGGAGCCUACCAACUCACCAUUGGUUCUGGUACGAGGCUUACUGUGCUACCAAUGUCCAUGGGACAGAACUAUGAGAAGCUUACAUUUGGACGUGGGACUAGUCUGAGAGUUUAUCCAGAUCUUGUGCGUUCUCUUCCUUCUGUCUAUAAACUGAAGCCAUCUUCUGACGAAAAACAAGGCAAAGCCGCUUGCCUCUUUACUGACUAUUCCCCCAACCCUCUCAAUGUUGGUAUCAAGAAAGAAGACAUGAAGAACGUCAAUGGCUCAGUGGUUGUCGUGAAAGAAGACCAAUCUGCCAAAGGAACUGCCAGCUAUGGCAUCGUUUUAUGGGGCAACAAUGAUGACAGUUUUGAUUGUUAUGUGGAUGAAGAAAACCCAAAAGGUGAUUCAGGCACCUGUUUAGAAGAGGGUGGUGACAUCACUUUUGAAACAGAUGAGAGGCUGAAUCUGCUUUCUCUCACGGUUCUGGGACUGAGAGUUAUUUUCCUCAAGACGGUGGCUUUCAACCUUCUGUUCACUUUCCGCUUGUGGUCCAGAUGAGUUUGGUGAUGAAAGAAAAAAAAGGUGACUAUAUCUGGGAUGCUGCAAAGAAAAUACGCAUCUGGAAGCCAACAUGGAGAAGAAGCUUAUACUUGGUCGGAAAGCUCCAGAAU